CCAACACCGACCCGAUUGCCUUUUUCUAUUAAUAUUGCCACCGAGUAAAAAGGUCGGAUCUUUUUUCUUCCUUCGAUUGGGUCUCUCGAGUUCCCUCGUCCAGUCGACAAAGCUUAGAGGUUAAUUUGCUAGUAAUUUUUUGAAGAAGACAUGACAACCGCGGCUAGACCCACAUGGCAACCUGCCAAAGGUGGGAAUGAACAAGGUGGUACCCGGAUUUUUGGGCCGUCUCAGAAGUACUCGUCGAGGGACCUUGCUGCUCAUACUACUCUAAAGCCUAGAAAGGAUGGGCAGGACACCCAAGAUGAGUUGCAGAAGAGAAACCUUCGCGAUGAACUUGAAGAGCGUGAACGCAGGCAUUUCUCUUCAAAGGACAAGUCCUAUAAUGAUGACAGAGACCGUCGGAAGGGAAACCAUCUUCUUUUGGAAGGGGCAAAGAGGGAGACUGAAGACCGAAUUGUUCCACGCAGUGUUGAUGCUGAUGAUUCUGAUGUGGAAGUCAACGGUGAUGAUGAAAGUGAUGAUGAGGAUGAUGAUGAAGAGGAUGAUGAAGAAGCUCUCUUGGCUGAGCUUGAACGAAUAAAGAAAGAGAAGGCAGAGGAGAAACUCCGUCAGGAAAAACUAGAGCAAGAAGAACAGCUAAAAGCCAAAGAAGCUGAGCUACUUCGAGGAAAUCCACUACUCAAUAAUCCAACAUCUUUUGGUGUAAAAAGAAGGUGGGAUGAUGAUGUUGUCUUCAAGAACCAGGCCCGUGGUGAAACCAAGCCUCAAAAGCGCUUCAUUAAUGAUACCAUAAGAAAUGACUUCCACCGGAAAUUCCUGCUGAAAUACAUGAAGUAAUUCACUUGAAUGCCCAAGCAAUUAUGGAAUCAAGUGAACCUUGCGGUUUUAAAUCAUAGUUUGUAUCUCUAGUGGAUUUGAAGAUGUACUUUUCCUGGAAAAUGUGAUGUUCAGUGCCAAACUUUAUCUCGUAUGAUUGCUGUUGCCAUAUACUAAUGGAUAUAGCACUGAUAUAUGUAUUUCUUGAAUUGAUUUUCA